AUGGUCAGGAAGUCCCUGGUUGCUGGGCUGGUGGUCCUACUGGUGGCUGCAGUGGGCCUGUUUCUGGGGGUGUUUAUGGGCUUUGGGAAGAAGAGCAGGACCCCCCCAUCGGACCACUUCUACUCCAAGGCUGCUGUGGCUGCCGAUGCUGGAAAGUGUUCAGAAGUGGGGAGAGACAUUCUGAAGAAGAACGGUUCAGCUGUGGACGCCUCUAUCGCCGCCUUGCUAUGCAUUGGCCUUUUGAACGCUCACAGCAUGGGUAUUGGCGGGGGGCUCUUCUUUGUCAUCUACAACGCUUCCACAGGGAGGGUGGAAACCAUCGAUGCGAGGGAGACGGCGCCCAUGAAUGCCACAGAAGACAUGUUUGGCAACAACACCCAGCUCUCUCGUAAAGGUGGAUUGUCCAUCGCCAUUCCUGGGGAGAUCCGUGGCUACGAGAUGGCACACAAGAGACAUGGCAGGCUGCCAUGGAAGGACCUGUUUGAGCCUAGUAUUGCCUUGGCCCGCGAUGGCUUCCCUAUAGGAAAAGCUCUGGCUCACGCAAUCUUCAAGAGCAAAGAGUCCAUUCAAGAAGAUGCCAACAUGUGUGAAGUGUUUUGUGAUUCUCAAAAAAACAUCCUGAAGGAAAAUGAUAUUGUUAGAUUUCCGAAACUAGCCGACACAUAUCAAAGAAUAGCAGAGGAGGGGCCCGAUGUGUUUUAUAAAGGGACGAUGGCACAGAGCAUCGUGGAAGACAUCCAGGCAGCAGGUGGGAUUAUCACCUUGGCAGACUUGCUGGAGUACCAGCCUGUGUUAAAUGAGAAUCCCCUGAAGCUGAACGUUGGGGAAUACACCAUGCACGUCCCAGACGCCCCCUCCAGUGGCCCAGUGCUGGCACUCAUACUCAACAUAGUGGAUGGGUACAACUUCACAGACUCAAGUGUCUCUACAGCAGAGAAAAAGACCCUGACAUACCAUCGCAUCGUAGAGGCUUUUCGUUUUGCUUAUGCCAAGAGGAGCAGACUCGGGGACCCUCGUUAUCUCAAUAUCACCGAUCUCAUCCACAACAUGACCUCAGACUACUUUGCUGACGGCAUCAGGAGUAAAAUUACAGAUGACACCACCCAUCCAGACAGCUACUACGAGCCAGACUAUUUUGUCCCAGAUGACCACGGGACGGCUCACCUGUCCGUCAUUGCUGAGGAUGGGAGCGCCGUGGCGGCCACCAGCACCAUCAAUCUAUACUUUGGCUCCAGAGUCAUGUCUCGAUCGACUGGGAUCAUCUUCAAUGAUGAAAUGGACGACUUCAGCUCGCCGUACAUGACCAAUGGUUUUGGAAUCCCUCCCUCCCCCAACAACUUCAUCCAACCAGGCAAGAGGCCGCUCUCUUCCAUGUGCCCAACUAUCAUUUUUGACAAAGACAACAGGGUGAAAAUGGUGGUAGGAGCCUCUGGAGGAACAAAAAUCACCACAGCCACCGCCUUAGUAAGUGUGAUUCAUUCAUAUGCAUCUCCAGCCCGCAGACACACACGCACACACGUCUUUGAUGCAAGAUGUCUCACAUUCUGCUGCUGCACACAGGUCAUCCUGAACUCCUUGUUCUUUAACUAUGACCUAAAGAAAGCUGUGACGGCGCCUCGCUUCCACAAUCAGCUCAACCCAAACAUGACAGUGGUGGAGCAGGGGUUUGAAAAGAGUGUCCUGGACGGCCUGGUCCAGAAGAACCAUGUAACAGAGCUGCUGCGGACUCCAGACUCUGUGGUCCAGGCGGUGGUGCGGCAGGGAGAGCGCCUCUGCGCAGAGUCCGACCCCAGGAAAGGAGGCUAUCCAGCCGGAUACUGA